GAAGAACCUUACCCUUCAAAAGCACCGUCAGCAAGGUGGCUUUUGUCCCUCCUCACGGGGGGGCAAUAAAUAGUUCAUCCGAUUAUGCCGGCGAGUCGUCCAGGGUCAAGCAGAAUGAAUACGGUGGGGCAUGGAAACGGGUGCCAUCGGGGAGGCUCCCUUCUUCUGAAUAGCUGUUGAUGUCGUUUGGCAAUUUCCAUGUUCAUAUUUCUAUCUUUUUCGUUGUUAUGUUUCCUCCCUGUCUGUGGGAAUGGUGGAAGAGCGAGGAACGUUUGCGUUUGGGCGCCAGUCCGACCGGCAGAGCAAAGAGCAUGCUACGUGCGAUUGCGGUGCUUUUACGCCUCGAGCGUGAAGAUGCGCAAGCUGCGAUUGCACGAGGAGCGGAGUUGGAAUGUCGGCUGCGGGGCAUUUCCAGCUGUAUCCAGGCAGCAUUGUCGUCGUCGGAUGAAUCUCUCUGCUGCAAGCCGAAGGAUCACGCCGGCUUAGAAGACCGUACAGUUGGAGGACAUCAUCGUCCCAAUUACACUCACCCUCCACACAAGAGAGGUCCUCAAACGGAAGGACCCGCAUCAGACUCGGCGGUAGGGAAGAUUACUAUCCAAUUGGCAGAACUGUCCUCAUUUGCCACCUUAUCCGUUUGUCUUUCGUCCCAUCUCUCCUCUGUUUCCCCUGCGAGGUCGUCGGAACGGAACGUUACCGAUGCCGGAGAGUUUGCUCGAUUGAUGCCGGGACUAGCUUCCCAGAAGAAUAGGGAGGCGGCCAACAGCAGUGCGAACCUAAUACGAUCGACAGUGAUGCUAGUCACUCCCCCUAUUCUUCGAUGAAGCGGUUUGUCGCCAGAUGCAUGCACAGAAAGCCUGAAAAAGGACGUCACUCUCACUCCCAUGCGAGUGUCAUCAGUGUCACAGUCACUUAUGUCGCCCGCAUGCGACGAUG